AUGUUAGCGCUCAAAGUAUUUGCCGCUGGGGAUUUCGACCAGAUAAGCUUGCUGACGUGUGGUCUUCCUGAGAAUGUCAAAGAAGGAAAAGGUCUCUUGGAUAAAGUCAAUAUCUAUGUACCUAAUCACUCAGAUGUAUUUGCUGCUGGGGAUUUGGACCAGAUAACCUUGUUGACGUAUGGUCUUCCUGAGAAUGUCAAAGAAGGAAAGGGUCUCUUGGAUAAAGGUUUAGCUCAAGGUCGUCAGCAGAACAAGGAAGGAUACAUGCUCAGCGGAAAGAACAUUUACCUAUUGGUUGGUCAUUUUCAAAGCACUUUUUUCGACUGGAGAUAG